GUCUGAUGUGUACACAUUCGUACCGACGGAGAGAAACAAUUUUACUCUGGAGGUUUCAUCAGAAGCGCUAACCGAAAGAAGCAAACUACGACAGAGACGUAAAUCAAAACAGCUAGCGUAGGUUUCUUAAAGUUUCCGGUGACCGGGCAGGUGUUCAUUCUGGUCGGGGUUUCCCUCCUCUCAAGCCACCCUUCGGCUCUAGAUGGGGGGCUGUUAGCACCGAAGGAUGGAGGAUUUAACUUGGGCUCACCAUGGCUGCUGUGACGGAGUGGUGCUACAUCAGCGGCCGCCGUGUCCUCGGAGCAUGGGGCCCGCUGCUGUGCGUGGUUUUCGGCUCUCUGGUGGCCCUCCUGCUUCCCCUGAUAGGGUUGCAGAACCAGUGCUGUGGCUCCAUGAGGGGCAUCAACCAGCUCCGCUGCCAGCUGUGGGGGAGCUCACAGCCUUCUCCAGCUGUGCAGUCCACCAGCCUGACUGUCCCCUUCACGGCCCUGGAUGUGCUGCCUCAGAGGACCAAACCCAGCAAAGAGACAGAGCUGGAGGCCAAAGCAGCGCUGCAGCAGGCUCUGGAGAUGAAGAAACUUGGGAAGAGGGAGAAGGCUCACAAGCUGCUGGUGCAUGCUCUUAGUAUGAACCCUGACUUUGUGGAUGCUCUGACGGAGCUGGGGACCAUACUGGAGGAGGAGAAGGAUGUGGUCCAGGCAGACCACCUCUACACCAAGGCCUUGGCCCUCUCGCCAUGUAAUGAGAGAGCUCUGGUCAGCAGAGACCGAACCCUUCCCCUGGUCGAGGAGAUCGACCAGCGCUAUUUCAGCCUAAUCGACAGUAAAGUCCGCAGGCUGAUGUCUAUUCCCAAAGGCAACUCGGCACUCCGUCGAGUAAUGGAGGAGACAUACUACCACCACAUUUAUCACACUGUGGCGAUAGAGGGCAACACCCUCACUCUGUCCGAGAUCCGACACAUCAUCGAGACUCGCUACGCCGUACCCGGAAAGAGUCUCCAGGAGCAGAACGAGGCCAUCGGCGUGGAUGCAGCCAUGAAGUACAUCAACACCACGCUGCUGUCCAGAUCAGGAGCCAUCACCGUCAGCAACAUCCUGGAGAUUCAUCGACGAGUGCUCGGCUACGUGGACCCCGUGGAGGGCGGUCGGUUGCGGACCAGCCAGGUGUUUGUGGGCCACCACAUCCCACCACACCCCAAAGACCUGCAGCGACACAUGGACGAGCUGGUCCAGUGGUUAAACUCUGAGGAAGCCCUGCAGCUGCACCCUGUGGAGUAUGCAGCUCUGGCCCACUACAAGCUGGUGUACAUACACCCAUUUGUAGACGGGAACGGACGCACGUCCCGGCUACUCAUGAACCUCGUGCUCAUGCAGGCGAGAUAUCCGCCAAUUACUAUUCGCAAAGAGCAAAGGGCAGAAUAUUACGCCACUUUGAACACGGCCAACGAGGGGGACGUGCGUCCCUUCAUUCGAUUCAUCGCCAAAUGUACGGAAAUGACACUGGACACUCUGCUGAUUUCCACAACAGAGUACGCUGUGGGACUCCCAGAAGCCGACCGGAACCAGGCCUGUCCCAGCUGCAAACAGACCAUUCCAGCCCACAACUAAACCAGAGAGAGGGAGCAUGAGGCGUCACCAUGCAAGAGUAUAUUUUUAAUUUAAAAGUUUUUCUGUUGGUAGUUUCACUUAAAUUAUGGUGUUCAUUGGCCAGAGUCAAACCAUUAAAUAUCUUGCAAGUAUUUUAUUUUCUUUAAGUGCAAACGGAAGUUUUGACUACUAACAUGAGGAAAUUAUUUAAUUUUUAAGCUACAAUUUAAAAACAGUGUUUAAAUAUUUGCCUUGAGGAAAAGUUGUUUGCUAAUACUGUGAAGCACUUUCGUGUAUUUAUUUUAAAAUAAAAGUCAUUGUUUCUUUA